AGGCGAUGUGUUUUAAUGUCUAUUGGAUGGAACACGAGUGGCUUCACUUGUGAGCACAUCCGAACCGUAAAUCGUCUCAAUUUGUGGAUUCUCCAGAGUCAUCGUACUCUUCCGUAUCUCUGUUUGGGCACGUCCACGAGUUCACAUCACCGCCCCCCACAGCACAUCCCGACGACCUUGUAUUGGCCCGAUGAUGAACUCGCCACAGCCAGAGCAAGCGAGCUAGCAAGAAAAGCUUCAUUCAGUAAUCAAUACUACUACUCCACUAGCUUACAGACUUUGCACCUUAUCUUCUUUUUUUUUUUUUCUGAUACUUCGUUCGUGUGUAACGAGGAAGGAAAAAUGUUGAAUUCUCCUCAGUGGUGGCUGCUUUUACUGUCCAUACUGCUGUUCGCUUUGACAGUAAACUCUUCACAUGAUCUUACGAGAAAUGAAAAUAAGGUGAAAUCUUCUGUUUUCCUCUCUCCAGAAUUUGUGCUGGGACCAGGAACAGUGGCAAACAAGUACUAUUACAACAUUGACUUUCCAAGAGGUCACAUUGCUCUUAAAGAAUUCAAUGCUGAAGUUGUUGAUGAAGCAGGGAUUCCUGUUCCUCUUCAUGAAACUUAUCUCCAUCACUGGAUUGUAGUAAGAUACUAUGUCCCUAAGGAUGCCAAAACUUCUAAGAUCCUAAGUGAUGAUGAGCUUCACCAAUCAAAAGGUUUUAUAGUGAGAAACAGUGGAGUAUGCCAGGGGAAUUCCCUAGGUCAGUAUUUUGGCCUCGGAUCUGAAACACGCAAAACUGCCACAUAUGUUCCAGAUCCUUAUGGAAUAGAAGUUGGGAAUCCAGCACAAGUUCCUGAUGGAUAUGAGGAGAGAUGGCUGCUUAAUGUCCAUGCAAUUGAUACACGAAAUGUGGAGGAUCGAUUGGGAUGCACUGAGUGCAGGUGUGAUCUUUAUAAUGUUACAGAGGAUGAGCUUGGCCGGCCUUUGAGGCCAGAUUAUACUGGAGGAUUGUAUUGUUGCUAUGAUCAAACAAAAUGCAGGGUAAGGGAAGGCUUUGAUGAUAUUCAUAGAAGCCUCUACCUGAGAUAUACGGUAAAGUGGAUUGAUUGGGAGAAUGCAAUUGUGCCUGUCAAGAUCUAUAUAUUUGAUGGCACUGAUUCUGUAGAAAGAGAAAAGGAUUCAACAAUACUUGAUGCUAAACAUCAUUGCAGGAUAGAAUAUGAAGUUGAGUCUUGCAGUACCACUGGAGUGGUUAAUGGUGGGUGUAUUGAUAGCAAAAAAGCAAGCAUAGUUAUCCCUAGAGGGGGUCAUGUCAUCUAUGGUGUUGCUCACCAGCAUUCAGGGGGAACUGGAGCAGCAUUAUAUGGAGAGGAUGGUCGGGUUUUAUGCUCCUCCAUACCAAUUUAUGGAGAAGGGAAGGAAGCAGGUAACGAGGCUGGUUACAUUGUAGGGAUGUCAGCAUGCUAUCCUCACCCUGGUUCAGUCCAAGUAUCCAGUGGGGAGACUUUGACCUUGGAAUCUAAUUACAGCAGCACUCAAAAGCAUACGGGUGUGAUGGGGCUCUUCUACAUUCUGGUUGCAGACCCACCUCCAGAGUCCAUGCUUCUCUUACAAAAUUCAGUUCAUGAAAGUAUGAGAUUUUCCAAGUAUUCUUGGGGACUCCUUGCCAUUGGAGCUGUGGUAGCUUUCAUUGUUGGUGUUGGUUAUUAUUCAAGGAACAAAAGAGAGGAGCAAUACCAAUCCCUAGUGAUUUAAGCUAUGGACAGUGAGUUGUCUCUCUAUUCUCCCAAAUGACUGUUUAUACUUCAGGACGUGUAGGCUCAACCGUAGUCACUGUGAUGUUUAGUUUCUGUUAAACUUGUAUUAGCUAUUAGUUGAAAAAUUCCAUCUCUUUCCUUCUUUGCA